CCCAUAGCGCGGCUCGUCGCGACCUAGCCCUAGCCGCCGCCCGUUCGCGACCUCGCCGGCGCCGCCAUCCCGCCGCCGGCGAACCUCCCCCCCUAGCGGCAGGUCGCCGUCACGCCGCGCCGCCCCGCGCCGCCGUACUAGGCGCCAGCCCGCGAGGUCCGCUCGGCUCCAGGAUUCGCGCUGCCGCACACUCCGCUCCGCUCGGCGUCCCCGCCGACUCGAGGGCACCCCUCCUCGUCGGGCCUCUCCGUCGCCGACGAGCUUUUUGGGGGGUUGAGCCGAACCCCCAUGCCCUACGUUUGGUCUGUCCCUUGGUCGUGAGGAUAUGGACCAUAUAGCUGAAGAAGAGACUGUGGGAGUUGCGGAAGACCCUGGUUUGGCUGAUGUUGGCAAGGCUGAUGAGACCAAGGAAGAAGGUGGUGGUGCUGGAGUGCACUUGGAUGAAACUAGGGUUGCAGUGGAUGAUCCCACGGAGGUGCGUGCUUCGCAGAUUGACGAUGGUACGGCUAUGGUGUCCGUAUUAGGUGGCGAUGGCGAUAGCUUUGUUGAGCAAGAUGGUCAGGAUACUAGCGGCGGCGGUGCUUGCAAUGAAGGUAAUGAGCCUGAGGAAGAUGCUCGUGUUCAGGUGCGUUUGGAUGAUACUAGUGCCGCUGUGGAUGAGGGGGGUGCUUCCUUGAUUGAUGAUGUUAUGAAUACGCUCCCCGUUGGAGGUGUGGCUAGCUUUGAUGAUGGUCCUCAGACGGACAAGAAUGCGCAGGAUGAGGGGGCGCUUAUAGAUGUAGUUUCCUCAACUGUGCUGAAUGAUGCGAGCAUAGAUCUUGUCAAAGCUAGUGAUAGUGUCUCGGAGGAAGGCACAGGGAUGGAUAUACUUGUCCAACCGGGAGAGGACAUUAAGGAAAUGGUUACAAUAGCCUGUGAUGCGGCCACAGAUGACGAGGGCAGGAAGGUGGAUGCAGUUUCCAGCUCCAGUGAUCGCAACGAGGAAGUGGUUGGUGCAGCUGGUCUUGAUGAGACAGAUGAAGACAUGCGAUUGGGUACAGUUGGCCUGUCUGGUGAUGACAAUGUGGCAAAUGAGGCUGCUGCCGCAGCUGCUGGUGGUGCAGAUGAUGAGGACUUGAAGAUGGAUGGGGUCAUUACCGCCGGAGAUAAGGAUGUGGAAAAUGGCAAGGCUGACAAUGCUGAUGGUGUUCCGGAAGUGAAUGUAGUUGCCAUUAGUAGAGAUAAUAGUGCGGAAAAUGAGGCUGCUGCAGCUGGUGAUGAUGGCGCAGAUGAAGAGGGCAUUCAGAUGAAUGUGCUAAACACAACUAGAGGUGAGGGUGAAGAAGAUGAUGAGGCUGCUCAAAAUGUUGUUGAAUAUGCUGUUGAUGGUACAGAAGAACUGGAAACUAUAGGCCUGACUGGAGAUGAUAAGGCGGAAAAAGAAGCUGCCCCAGCUGGUAACAAUAGUGCAGAUGAGGAGGGCAUGCAGAUGGAUGCGGUUACCACAACUGGAGCUGAAGAUGAAGAUGGCAAGGCUGAUGAAAAUGUUGUUGAAGAUGAUGAUGGUGUUUCAGAAGAAGCUGUGGCUGACACAGUUGGUGAGGAUAUCCCUGAAGAAGAUGCAGUGCAGAUAGAUGAGGACGAGGAUGAUGAUGACGUGCCUCCACCAUUGACAAGGAAAGGCGGGGGGCGCCGGAAGCGAGGUCGUGCAUCUUCCAAGGCUCAGGUUGUGGUGAAACCACCUGUUAGGAAGAAGGAUGAUGAGGAAGUUUGCUUCAUUUGCUUUGAUGGUGGUGACCUUGUUGUGUGUGAUCGUAGGGGUUGUCCUAAGGCUUACCACCCUUCUUGUGUUAAUCGGGAUGACGAGUUCUUCAAAUCGAAGGGUCGUUGGAAUUGUGGGUGGCAUAUUUGUAGCAACUGCCAGAAACCUGCCUUCCAUAUGUGUUACACAUGUACCUAUUCCUUAUGCAAAAAAUGCAUAAAAGAGACAAAAUUCGUCUCUGUUAGGGGAAACAAAGGCUUCUGUGAGACAUGCAUGAAUACUGUGAUGUUGAUAGAGAACAAGGAGGAGGCUACUGAGCAAAUGGAUGUAGAUUUUGACGACAAAACAAGCUGGUGGUAUUUGUUCAAGGAUUAUUGGUUGAAUUUGAAAACAAAAUUACCAUUGACGUUUGAAGAAAUAUCAGCAGCCAAGUCUCAAAAGAAUGGUUCUUCUUUGGUUAUUCGUGACAAUGAUCUCAGUGAACCACAUGAUACAAAUGAUGAAGAAGAGGGUAAUUCAGACAGCUCAUCUGUGCGCCAUCUAGAAGGCAAUUCAAAGAGGAAAGGAAGGAAGCGAUCAAAGCAAGCUGCUAACGAUGACAGUUCUGUAGUUAAAGAUAGCACUAGGAAAUCUACAAAGCGAGGCCUGACAGGUGGCCGUGAUACUAAAAGUUCUACAGGGAGAAAGGUUAGAAAAUUGUCCAAGCGUGCUUUGAGCAGUGACCAUCGACCAAGAGAAUCUGAAAGCGUAGGGACAUCUACAUCGUCAGCUGAAGAGACCAGUUGGGCUUCGAAGGAGCUCUUGGAUUUUGUAGCAAAUAUGAAAAAUGGUGACAAAUCUGUGCUGUCCCAAUUUGAAGUCCAAUCCCUUUUACUUGAUUAUAUUAAACGUGAAAACCUCCGGGAUCCUCGCAGGAAAAGUCAGAUAAUUUGUGAUUCUAUGCUCAAAAGCCUUUUUGGGAAAGCACGUGUUGGUCAUUUUGAGAUGCUGAAGCUUCUUGAAUCCCAUUUCCUCAUGAGCGAGGUCUCGCCAGUUGAAAUUGAUGACAACCAUGGUGGUGUUGUAGACCCUGAUCCUAGUCUGGAUGCUGAUGGCAACAGUGAAGCAUCAAUGGUGAUGAGCUCAGAAAAAAGGAAAAAAUCUCGCAAGUAUGACCAGAAAGCUCUGCAAACAAACCUUGACGACUACGCAGCAAUAGAUAACCAUAACAUCAGUUUAAUGUACCUGCGUCGCAACCUGUUAGAAGAAUUGAUCAGUGAAGUUGACACAUUUGAUGAGAAAGUUCUUGGGUCAUUUGUGAGAAUAAGAAUAUCUGGAACAGGUCAAAGGCAAGACAUCUACCGGCUCGUGCAAAUUGUUGGCACAGGAAUAGCGCCAGAACAAUAUAAAUGUGGGAAAAAGUCGACUGAUAUAACACUGGAGAUUCUAAACUUAGACAAGAGAGAGGUUAUUACUAUUGAUAUAACCUCAAACCAAGAGUUCACUGAGGAGGAAUGCAAACGCUUACGGCAAAGCAUAAAGUGUGGAUUCAUUCCAAGGCUGACAGUGGGAGAGGUUUAUGAGAAAGCAAAGGUUCUACAAUCUCUCAAAGUCAACGAUUGGAUUGAAAGUGAAAAAAUGCGGCUUGGGCAUCUUCGUGACCGUGCAAGCGAUAUGGGCCGUAGAAAAGAGCUUAGAGAAUGUGUAGAGAAGCUGAAGCUUCUAAGUACCCCUGAAGAGCGUGUUCGUAGGCUGAAUGAAGAACCUGAAGUUCAUGCUGACCAUACCAUGGAUCCAGAUUAUGAAUCUCCAGAGGAACAAGAGCAGGAUACUGGAAGAAGCAGCUUCAAUAAGUCAAGAGGAUCUUUCUCUAAGAAAGAUAAUAAUCCUGUAUCUCCAGGUAAAGGAGAGGGUAGGAGUCCUGCACAAAGAGAUUUAAAAACCAACUGGGAGUCUAAUCGAAACACAUGGGGCGAAUCCAGUACACAUAUCGAGUCACCCCUUGGACGCAGACCUGCAUUUUCGUCUCACGGUGAAAGUGCUGGUUACACAAGUAAAUCAGAUAGCCCAAACAUCGGUACACACGCAGUUAAAGUGGGAGCUACUGCAGGUAAUGCUCCACAUGGUCUAUCUGGUGUUUCAUCUGAAACUUUAGGAGCCAAUAUAGGGUCAGGGGGAACACAUGCAUCACAGUCAGUUAUUAAUGAGUCUGAAAAAAUCUGGCAGUACAUGGAUCCUACCGGUAAAAUCCAGGGUCCUUUCUCAAUAGUGCAGUUGCGGAAAUGGAAUGGCAGUGGGUACUUCCCUCCGAAUUUAAAAAUAUGGAAGUCUACUGAGAAGCAAGAUGAUUCAAUAUUAUUGACAGAUGCUUUGCUCGGGAGGUUUGAGAAAGACCUACCGCCGUGGGAACCGCCAGUUGGAAGCAGUUCAGAUGUUGAUGGUAGGCCCCGUAAUGAUUCCCUUCUUGAGGAAGGAACAAGAGCUGGAGAACAACCUUCAAAAUCAGCAGUUCUAAGUAGCACACAGUCUUUCUCAGGAAGGGCUGGUCAGGGAAACGAUGCGGCAAAUCUUGGACCAGCCACUAUCCAAUCUAGUACACAAGGUUAUUAUGGAAUGCAAAACUCUCAAGCAGCGUAUGCAGUCCAACAAUCUCUUAGUGGAAGUUGGAACGCCUCAAGUCAGUUUGGAACUGCAAUAAAUCCUGUGACACUUUCUCAGCCUGCCAUGGGUAGCUUUGUAGUUGGACAAAAUGCAGCUUUAGGAAGUGCAGGUCAGCUAACUCCUGUACCAGGUCCUGCGACAGUGAGUGCAGAAGUAGUUAAUUCACAGUUGCAGUCCCAGAACCAGAUAGCAUCUUUUUUAUCACAAAGUGAUGGCAGAUUAGCUGAUGGAAACGAUUCAAAGUUGGGGGAAGAUGCUUCGCGUGAAAGGAUGAGGUCAUCGGGUGAAGAUCUUGGACUAUCUGGUGCACAACCUGGAGGGGUGCAAUCAAAUACUCAACAACUUGAAGAUGCAAGGAACCAGUUACAAACUGAUGCUUCCAACUCGGUAAAGCCAUCUCAGCUGAUAUCAACACCAUCUGCUGAAGCAGUGCAGCCCUCGUCCACAGCCAUGGCUGGUGGUGAUAAUCAAAACACUGCUUGGGCACAAUUGGCAAGCACAUCUGGCCAAUCUCAGCCUCAGGCGGCUGGAAAUAUGACCUGGGGAGCUACUCUCCAGGGUAAUGCAAACAUGGGCUGGGGAAUGGUUGGACAGAACAACAUGAACAUGUCUUGGGGAGGAACAGCACAAAGUGCCACAGGCUACAACAUGGGUUUGGCUAUGCAAGCACAGCCAAAUGCAGUUCCAAACAUGGGCUGGGUUACACCAAAUCCUGGAAACACCAAUAUGAAUAUGAUGUGGGCAACUCAAGGCCAAGGCACUCCAAAUGCAGCAGCAAUGGUGGGAACUCAGAUGCAAGGAGUUGCAAUGGCUCCAUGGGGGGCCAUUGCACAAGGAAAUACAAAUUCUUAUCCUGGUUGGGGGGGCCAAGUUGGAAACAUGAACCAAAAUGUUGGAUGGGGUGCUCCCAUGCAGGUUAAUCCAGGUCCCAGUACUGGAAAUGGGACAGGCCAAGAUAAUAACAAUAUGAACUGGAAUUCACCAAGCGGGAACCCAAAUUGGAAUAACCAGCAGCGAGACAAUGGAGGCAGGCAUUCUGGGCAUGGUGGUGAUUUUAAUGGCGGUGACUCUGGUGGGAGGUCUUGGAGGUCGCAGUCAGGUGGUGAUGGAGGGUCGUGGAGGCCUAAAAGGGGAGUCUGCUAUUCUAUACUCGACAAGGGAUACUGCAAGAAUGGUGAGCACUGCAACUUUUCCCAUUCAAUACCGAAUGAUGGAUAUCCAUCAAGAAACAGUCGGCACUUCGAUAGGCAAAAUUCAGGUAACGAGAGACGGUACGACAGGCAAAACGAGAGGACUGAUCGGCAGUUUGAUCGGCAAUCGUCAGGCAACGAGAGGCGUGAUGACAGGCACAACGGCAGGGAUAGUGACAGGCAUGAUGACAGGCUGACUGAUACUAGGUCACAAUCAAGAGAGAGGCAGUAGAUCCGUUCUCAGUUUCAUCUGUUGUAUCCUCCCUUUUGUUGUAGUUCCUCAGUAGACAUCCAUAUCACAUAUGCAUGUUUCUGAACUUGGUGCAUUGUAGCGAGUUGCAUCUCCUCAGAAUUGUCAUGUAGAACAGUUGUAGUUAUAAAUCAUGUGCAUCCUACCCUUCUGUUUCUUGCUUCGGAACAAGCAGUAAUACAUUCUGAAUAAAUCCUGGUGUCAGGUAGGAAAUGGGUACUAAAGCACCCCCCCUGGUGAUAUGCUCCAACCUUUUACUGUGCUGGAUGUAUGCUUGUUGUACACAGUAAUUCUGUCUCAUGUAGCCUGUUGAUUGUCCUGCUUCUUUUCUGUAUUGAGAUUCUUGUAUCAGUUCUGGGAUUGUAGGCCAUUUCAAAUCUUCUGUU